UCUAGUGUGCAUUGCAGCAUUUAGUACUGCUGACUGCUCCUUAAUUCUUCAUAUUUUUUUUAUCCUUAAUCUGCAAACACGUCGUACGCAAUGAGAGGCGAUAGAGGAAGGGGCCGUGGUGGCCGUUUCGGUGCCCGUGGAGGUAUGGUACAAGGAUACCGGCCUUUUGUCCCACACAUACCAUUCGACUUUUAUGUUUGUGAAAUGGCUUUUCCUCGGGUAAAGCCAGCCCCAGAUGAGACUUCAUUUAAUGAGGCUUUGCUGAAGAGAAACCAAGACCUCAGUCCUACUGCUGUUGAGCAGUCUUCUAUCUUGUCAUUGGUGACAAAGAUCAACAAUGUUAUUGAUAACCUUAUUGUAGCUCCUGGGAACUUUGAAGUGCAAAUUGAAGAAGUACGGCAAGUGGGCUCAUACAAAAAGGGUACCAUGACAACAGGACAUAAUGUUGCUGAUCUUGUUGUUAUCCUAAAGAUCCUUCCCACUUUGGAGGCUGUUGCAGCAUUAGGAAACAAAGUGGUGGAGACUCUUCGCACCCAGGACCCAGCUGAGGUGCUGUCCAUGCUGACCAAUGAGACCGGCUUUGAGAUCAGCUCGGCUGAUGCUACUGUAAAGAUCCUAAUCACGACGGUCCCUCCCAACCUGCGCAAGCUUGACUCAGAACUCCACCUGGACAUCAAGGUGCUACAGAGUGCUCUCGCUGCUGUUCGCCAUGCUCGCUGGUUUGAGGAGAAUGCCUCACAUUCAACGGUGAAGGUUUUAAUCCGCUUGUUGAAGGAUCUGCGGGUGCGCUUUCCUGGUUUUGAGCCUCUCACUCCCUGGAUUUUGGACCUCCUGGGACACUCAGCUGUUAUGAAUAACCCCUCCAGACAGCCCCUUUCACUCAGCACUGCCUACCGGCGUUGUCUCCAGAUGUUGGCAGCAGGACUUUUCCUGCCAGGCUCAGUAGGCAUCACUGACCCAUGUGAAAGUGGGAACUUCCGUGUACACACUGUUAUGACCUUGGAGCAGCAGGACAUGGUGUGUUUUACAGCUCAGACCCUGGUGAGAGUUCUUUCUCAUGGUGGCUACAGGAAGAUACUGGGCCUGGAAGGAGAUGCCAGCUACCUGGCCUGUGAGAUGUCCACAUGGGAUGGUGUGAUCGUUACUCCAUCUGAGAAAGCCUACGAGAAACCACCAGAGCGCAAGGAAGAGGAGGAUGAGGCGCUAGAAGAGGGAGGAGAGGGUGAGGAAGAAAGCAUGGAGACACAGGAGUGAGGAGCUUCCAGAAAGCACAAACCCUCUGUUGAUGUAUGACGUGCUGUUUUUAUGUUUUAACUUACAAUUGUGAAAGUGAUUUUUUUUCAUUUUGUAGAUUUGGACUUGAUUUUGCCAAUUAUACUCUUAUAUUGGUUCUUAUGCCUCUCUUUUUUUUUUUUUUUUGGCCACCUCACCUAUUGUCUGAAUAUAGCCAGAAACAGCACCAGAAAACAGCAAUAUGGACCAAAAUGGCACCAGCUGCAUGAUUUUAGGUGGUUUUUAGUUCAACAAUAUAUAUUUUUUUUAUUCGAUAGAGAGAAAUCAAGUCCUGAUUCACUUUAUGUUCUGUUGUUUUGUAUUGAGUAUUUGUCACUGAUAAAUUAAAUGUUUUUAUUUCCAUUUAUUACAA